AGUUUUUUUUUUGUAAUUUCUAUAUAUAAAAUCUUAAUAACGAUUUCUUUUUUGUUUCGCAUUCAAAAUAUUCGGUAAUCUUGCUUAUCUAGGUCAAACUGUGGAAUUGAACACUUCAAAAGAAUAAAUUCCAAUUAAAAUACUUGUCAGGGCUCAUGUACAUUCCUUUUUUAUAAUCAAUUAUAAUGAAAAAUAUAAACAACGACAUAUUUUUUUAAGGUAUUUUUUAGCGACGCAAGCAAACCUACCGUUGAUUGAAUUCUCUCUUUAUUGAAUGUUUUGCUGAUUUACAAACCUCAUUGUUGCAGUGAUCUUGAAUCAUACUAUAAAAUGUGAAAUUAGUCUUUUUAAUUUGACUGAUAUUUUCCCAGAGGUCUUUGCACUAUCUAGUUAAUCGGGAAUAUUCUUUUUUGUUCUUUCACUAUUCUUUUGGUUUUAUUACUUUUUUACUGCAUUCUUACAAGCACUGUGUCUAUGUUACUUUUUAAUUCGUAUAACUGGAAAAAAAAUUCGUUUAAACUAAGUCCCAUUCAAUUUCAUCACUCCAAAAAAAUUUACUGGCGUGUAUGGUUCUUCUCGUUUUUAUUUUUUUCAACUAUUUUCAUAUGGUAUUCAAAUCUGUCUUCAAAGGUUUGGGGAAAAUUCAAUGAAAGGAAUAAUAGUGAUUCGAUUGAAUAUAAAACUAAAGCAUUAUCCAUACCGUACCUCGAUGUUUUUAUGUCUCAACGUCUGCCUGAAAAUUUAAGUCUUCCCGAAUGGCUCUAUGAACACUCUUUCAUCUAUUUUUAUGGUGCACGAACGGUCUUAAAUCCAUGUUUCUUGUUGGUAACAGAUUUGAACAAUUACCUAUCAACGAUUGCUUCUCAGCUUCGACUUAUUCCUUUUCUAAAAGAACUGCUGCCUUUUCCUACCAUCCAAAGGAAAUGUGCAUUGGCAGAGAGUUCAAUUCAACCAUUUCAAAACAAGAUUACUUUAUCUAAAAUGUCUAAUCCAAUAAGGGACGUUUUUCGUCAGUGGGCACCCCGUAGACUAUUUUUGGUUGGAAAGAUUAACUGGAUCAUGUUAUCAAAUAACCUCACUGUAAAAAAGAGAGAAAUCUUCAGUGAAGCGUAUUUUUUUUUCCUCAAAAAAGUUCAGCAUUUGAACUUUUUUUUUUUCAAUACUGAAAAACUCCUAACGAAGAUAGUAAAUAAAUGUACUGCCAAAGAGACAAGUUUUAGACAGUUUGUGCACGAGGUUAACCGAUUUGCUUCAUCAAAAUUUGUUGAUUUACAACUUAAAAAUUCAUCUUCUACGAGAGCUCUUAAAAAGCAUUCUUUAGAAUUUCGAAAACGUAUUGAACGAAUCACUUAUAAUAUUUUCGUAGGCGUAGGUUAUGGACUUGCUAACACUAUAGUUAUAGUAGGAAAACAAGGUUUAAUUAUAAUUGAUACAUUGGAAAGUCCGGCAGCAAUGAAAGAAUAUAUAAGAGACUUACAGUUUUUUUUGAAAAUUCCAGAUGACGAAAAGCCAAAUAUUUUGUACACAGAUAUUUUUCACCCAAUUGAAUCAGAUAAAUUUUCUAAGCUUUCCUCCCUUGAUUACAAUAUUUCGUGUGUAAUUUACACUCAUUUCCACUCCGACCACGUUUUAGGAACUAGUGCUAUAAUAAUUCCAGGGGAAACUCCUGUUUGGGCUCAUGAGAAAACGUUAGAGGAAAUCAACCGAGUUUUUGGUUUAGUGGGAGGCGCUACAUACAAGAGAGCUAUGUAUCAGUUUGGUUCCUUUUUAAACAACAAAGAUGGCUACGUUAAUGCAGGUAUUGGAGAACGCCUUCGAUACUCUGCAGUACCUCUAAAAAGUCAAGCAUUCUCGCUUAUAAAACCAUCGCAUAUAUGGAAUGGAAUUAAAAAGACGUUAACCAUUGAUGGAAUUCGGUUAGAAUUGUUUUUAGCUCCUGGAGAAAGUCCAGAUCAGACUAUUAUUUGGAUUCCUUCACAACGAGUACUCGUGGGUGCUGAUAAUCUUUACAAAGCAUUCCCGAAUAUUUAUGCGAUUCGUGGUACUCAAAGUCGUGAUGCUAUGAAAUGGGUAAAAAGUUUAGAUCGAAUGAGAUUUUUUAAUGCUACAUACUUGCUACUGGGUCACACAUCUCCAAUGAAAGGUGAACAUUUUAUUUUUUCGACACUUACAGCAUAUAGAGAUGCUAUCCAAUAUAUCCAUGAUCAAACAGUUCGUUAUAUGAAUAAAGGGUACGCAGUGAAUUCUAUUGUUGAAAAGGUUCAUCUUCCGCAGCAUUUACGUGAUCACCCUUACUUACAAGAAUUUUAUGGAACCGUUCCAUGGGCAGUACGAGCUGUGUUUCAGCAUUAUAUUGGAUGGUUUUCUGGUCGGGCUGUUGAUCUACAUCCAUUAUCGAGUUUGGAACGUGCUAAGUCUAUGGCAGAUAUGGUUGGAGGGAAAAAAGAACUUUUAUUUAAUUCUUUCAAAGCAAUCCAAAAUCAAAAUUAUCAAUGGGGUUUAGAAUUAAGCGUGCAUGCUCAAACGCUUGACGCAACAUGUUUAAUAUCGAGUCAAUUAAAAAUUUUAGCUUUAAAAGGAUUAGCAUCUCAAGAACUCUCGGCACCAGGACGUAAUUGGUACUUAACAGAAGCUAAAAUUGAACGGGAACAUAUUGAUUUACGACUGCAAAAUAAAACUCUAUUGUCAUCUUUCACAUUGUUUCCGACCAACAAACAAUCAAUUCGUGAUCAACUUCGUUUAUCAACAGCUCAAAAAAAACAGUUUAUUGAUUCUAUGACAAACGUUGACGACAUUUUUAAACAAUUUUCUGUAAGAACAAAAGAUGAACUUUUAGUUAGACAAGAUUUAGUCAUUGGAUUUCAUUUUACUGAUAUUCAAAUGUCUACUUGCUGGCAUGUGCGUCGCGGUAUUGUAUACCCGUAUCAUAAAUGUGAAAGAAAAACAAAUUUUGACGUAAGUAUUGAAAUGAUUUCUUUACAAAAAAUCUUUUUUUUGAAACAUGGAAAGGUAACGACAACAGACUUGACUUGGAGACGAAUAUUGAAAGGUGAAAUACGACCUAUUACAGCUAUUGUGACAGGAUGUUUUCGAAUAUCAUCAAAACGUGCAAAAGAUUACUGGAUUUUUAAACAAGUUAUGGAUGCAAUAGAAACAACACUGGAGUGA